UAUUGUAUUUCGAGUGUAGUAUUAGAGGGAAGUACACUUACACACCAAUAAAGAAGACGAAAUGUACUCCUCACCGACAUGUUGCGGCACCGGCUGAAGACGGUAGUGUUUUCUGGAGCACAGCAUGUCAUCUUUGCGGUGUACAUCCGAUAAGCACUUGUGUUUUGUUGCUGCUUGCUUGUUAGCUAGAAAUAUAAAUAGUGUCAUCGCAGGUUGUGUGUUGUACAAGGCUCACGAACCGGCUAUUAUUUAGCAACUUAUAAAGCUAGUUCACUUAUAGGCGUCGUUGUCUCUGGUCGGCCAGUCGGAGGGAAUUUCAUCUUGUCGUUUUCCGGUCGUUAGUAUCAAGGAUUUUAGCUAGUUACAUAAUGUGGCGGUAAGCUGUUGAUGUUGCUUAAUACCAGUCUGUUUAAUAAAAAAAAAGCCUUUAUCUGUUACAAACACUUAUAGAAGUAGUUGGAUUUUACAAUGGGAAUCAACAGAGUUUACAUUAGCAUAGGGUAUGCUACCUUUGGCACUCUGGUUGGACUUUCGGCUUUCUUAGUCUGGAAUAUUGCAUACAAGCAGCCAUGGACGGCGGCCAUGGGAGGCCUGUCAGGAGUUUUGGCGCUCUGGGCUCUCGUCACACACAUCAUGUACCUGCAGGACUACUGGCGCACCUGGCUCAAAGGCCUCAAGUUCUUCAUCACUGUUGGUCUGCUCUUCUCAGCUCUGGCACUGGCAGCCUUCAUCACCUUCCUUACUCUCGCCAUUACACAGAAGCAAUCUCCUACUGACCCGAGGAGCCUGUAUCUCUCCUGUGUGUGGAGCUUCCUGACUCUCAAAUGGUCCUUCCUCUUGGCCUUAUACUCAUACAGAUAUCGCCAGGAGUUUGCAGACAUAAGCAUCCUCAGCGAUUUCUAGUCACUACUGAUUUUAUAGACUGCGAUGGACUGUGAGGGGUUUUAGGCUGCCAGCCGGAGCUGGUCAAAGAGCUUUUGUAACAAUGAGGCGGAAAAGCAAACAUGGCUAGAUUAACAAGUCAUCUGACUUUUACCACAUGGAGUUGCACUUGCUGAACAGGCUCUGUAUUUUUCUUGUAACCUGUUCCCCUACUUUUAAUGACCCACAUAUUAUAUUCCUGUAAGUAGUCAUAAGUCUAAACAUCCGAAGACUGGAAGUGCUUUUGAAUGAAUUCUCUGAGGCUAUAUGAUGAAACGGGGGGGGAUUUUAUCUUGGGAUUGUUUAAUCUUAAAACAACUUAACGAUACAAGGAAAUCCCCACCGUAACAGGCUUUUAAUACAGAGAUAAAAUGAAAGUGAAAAUACUCUCAAAGCUGAAAUCCUCAGAACCAAAACUAAAACCUCUUACCUGAAGCCACUCUGCUAAUGCUACGGUGACUGUGUUUGUUGGAGUAUUUGAAUGUUUUUACCCAAAUGAGCUUUUUCAUAGUUGCAGUUUUGAACCACAGCAUACUCAUGUCUCUAGACAGUGACUAGCUGCAUUUACAUGAACCGUCAUAUUCCACUAAUUAUCUGAAUAAUUGCCCAAUCACAAUAACAAUGCCUCAUGUAACCACCUCAGUUGUAAGAGACUGGCUCAAUCCAGACGAUUGGAAGGAAUCCCUAACUGGGUUGAGAGGAGUUGGAGUAAUCCUUUAAUAAUCCGUUCAAUAAGAAAAUAGUUGCACCUAAUAACCAUGUAAGUGCUUACUUCGAUUGCUUCUCUCUGGUUGGAAUAAAUAUAUUCUUUCUGAGCAUGUUUGCCCCACAUUGGGGUAACAUUAGGUAAUGUGAAUGAGUUUCCUCAUAUAUUGUUCCAAGGACACGAUCUUGUAAAUUGUAUUAACAGGCGGUACCACUUCUUCCUCUGCUGUUAUUUUUCCUGCAGAUUAGAAGCUUCACAGUGGGCGGAUCCACUUUGCGUAUAUCAAAAAAUUUAGAUUCUGUAUAAAUGCUUUGGUGACUCUAAAGGCACAUUUUAUUGAAUCAUCAACAGAUAAGUUGCAAUCUCUAAUCAGAAUGAUUUCUGAGAUGAUCAGAUUGAACUGUCCAUGUAAUCGCAGCUACUGUCUUAGUGUCUGCAAAGUCAGUCUCUUUGCUCCCUUCAUUUGUCAGUGAAGCAUUUUAAGAAAGAUAUUUCUCCCUUUAAAAUUUGCUUUUCUUUUCAUAAGAACUGAAGGGAUUUCUGCUCUUCAUAUUUUGUUCCACCAGGGGGCGACUUGCUUUUUUCUGUCAAUAGUCCAUUUGAAAAUUGUGACAUUCCUCUUCAUAGAAAACAAAAUGGGUUUGAUUCAUUAUUGCACUUUAGUCUUUGAUAUUGACGGCAUUGUUUUGCACGCAAAUCCUGAUUACAGUGGUGGAAAAAAUUAUGUAUUACACAUUGUCAUCUCUGUCUAACCCUUUUUAAUGUUGAAAUACACUAUUUAUAGAUAUUAAUUUUAUAGUUUGUAUAAUUUGUGUAAGUCAAGUUAAAUAAAGCUUUGUAAGUGGCUUAGUUCCAGCUGUUCCUUAUGUCUACCGUUUACCAAAAGAUAUGUUAAAAUGUAUUGUUGAUGAGAGAAUGAAUGUGAGGAUGCCACAUGUACAUGGAAACUGAACCCAUUAAAGUUGCAUUAAUUGUU